AUGAUUAAGAUCUGGGGAAUGACGGCUCAGAGUCAGGGAAUGCUCGUAUCCCAUCGGCACCACCGCUCCGUCGGCGACCCGUGGGCGCCGGCAACGCCGUGGGACCCUGGUCGGCACUCUGAGCUUGUGGGAGGGCUCUUGACUGCCAACUUCACCUCUUCAGGGCUUGCCGUUCUCCCGGAUGUUCUCCUCCCUGGGGCGGGCUUGACGUUCCCGGAUGACGCUAAAGGGGCAUCGACAAGUCUAAUCAGUCCAGCCAAUCUCCCCUUGGUGCCUGACUCAUUUCUCGACCAGGGUGAAGGUUUCAACCGGGACUCGGGUCUCAUGCUGCCCCCACACGAUGUCGAGUUCCCCUGGCUAAAACUGAAAGACAAGCGAACGAGUGAUCACGACAGACGCGCUGCCCUGUUAGAGAAAACAGACAAAAAAAAAUCCAAACACGAUUUCCGACGCGAUCGUGCGUCGACCCAAGCCGGGGCGAAGAUGUCUUCGAGACAUCGGAAUCGAAUCAUCCCGACUUCAUCGAUCCUCAUCUCAUACCUCGCGUCGAUAACUCAUGCCACAUUUAUCAAUGAUUUCUCAGCGUACCCAGCAGCAGCAAGACCAUGUCUCGACUCAGCGGCCGCCGCGUCCGGGUGUACCGGUAACACGGUGACGGAGAUGAAUACAUGUUUGUGCGGGAAUGGCGGGAACUUUGUGCUGGGGACGUCGAAAUGUGUGGAAAACCAGGCAAAAGACAAGCUUGGCGAUGUUUAUGAGAUGCUUCUGACCUCCUGCACGGAUUCGAGAACGCCAUUGGGCAUUUCACAGGCACAAUUCCUAGAUGCCGACGACAACGACGAUGCAAAGUCAACAACUUCUUCUUCCUCUACUUCUUCUACUAUUACUACUACUACUACUACUUCUCAAAGUACCACAAUGCUUUUCAUAUCCACAAGCGCACCACCAACCGAAACACCAUCAUCUUCAACAACCUCGACUUCGCUAUCUCUCACGACGUACAAGAGCGUUAUAGCAGGCGGAGUCACAGUGACAGUAACGAGAGGAGUUGAGACAGUGCCGACUGGAGCGGCAAGUGGAAACCAAGCCACCACCAACGCGCAUCCAGGGCCAAGCCAUACGGCUCUUGCGGCAGGACUAGUAGGAGGACUGGCAUUCCUAUUGGGUGCACUGGCGUUAGUUUGCUUCAUUCGCAAGAAGCAACGCAAGGAGCGAAAGGGGCAGGUCGGUACCGGUGGAAAAUUCGCAGCCUUAUCCAGCGCGACUAGCCUCACCACGAUGUCGGCCUCACCACCUCGGGGGCAGGCGACGACGGCAUACCACGGCGUGAACGACCAACGACCCGAUACGGCAAACACGAUAAACAUGGCGGUGGGCACUCCAGGAUGGGACCGCCAGCAACAAGGACCACAAAGUCCUCAACAUUGGCAGAACAACUCUCCCGGGCACUACGGCCAGCCCACAGCAACCUGGCCAUCACCAGUCGCCAACGGCGACGGGACUACAGGAACAUGGGGGUUUUCGCCCGUAUCGCAGUACUAUGCGAACUCAUCAAGAGGCCACGACCCGUCAUCACAGACCGGCACCUGGAACGCGCAUGCCGUUGAGGUGGCAGCCGCUCCGGUUCCCGCUCCUCACCCUUCACAUUCCUCGAAUAACACAUACUCUCCCGUCUUUGAACUGCCAGGAGACCAAAUACAAGCCGUAGAGGCAGACUCGACACCAGUCGGCCAUGUUCAGCCGCCGGUGGUGCUACCACCUUCGCAAUCAAUACAAUCGACUCCCGCUCAGAUGCGAGCGCAACCAGUGCAGCCAGCACCAGCACAUUACGGAAUGCCGAGACAGAUCGACGAUGCACUUCAAAUAUCGCGAAUAGAACUACCGCCGCCUCGGUACUCGGGCCCGUCAUCAUCAGAAUGGGUCAGCGAGGAUAAAAAGUUUGGUUAG